AUUUUGUUUUAACAAAGCCACAAUUAUCAGCCGAGUCGGUCAUGGACUCAUGGUCAUACCUAACAAGUCACCUGGAGUCCUAGACUAGACAGAUCAUCAACUCAUAAUCGUCCAAAAGAGAAAAACCCCACACUCUUUAGGGACCUACCGCCGCCGGCGCAGAAACACCUCGUAUCUUACGAAAUCGCCGGACAUGGCGACCACCGUCGGCACCGAUCUCUCACGCGACCGCAUCAGCAACCUCGCGGACAGUACCCUCGUGACCAUCCUCUCCAGGCUCUGUAUGGACGAAGCGGCGAGGUGUUCGAUCCUCUCCUCUCGCUGGCGCCACCUCUUCCCGUGCACCCUGCUGAACUUCAGAGCCUUCACUAGAAGCGGCCGGAACGUCGUCAAGGCCGUCACCUCCAUCCUCGCCGCCUACCCCGACAAGCCAGUACUCUCCUUGAGGACGGGCAUGCUCUUCUUCCGCCCCCAGGACCAGACUGCCGUCGACGUCUGGCUCCGGGAUCUGUCGAACCGCGGCAUCGAAGAACUCUCCCUCUGGUUCGGAUUCGACGAGAAGCGGCGGCCGAUCCCGGAAUCCCUCUUCGCCUGCAACUCCCUGAGGCGCCUCCACGUAAUCAACGGCACCUUCCCUGACACCACCGAGGCCGCCGCCGCGUCCCUCGCCCGCCUCACAAAGAUCGAGCUGUCCGACGUCAGAAUCUCCCAGAACUCGAUCAACUCCCUGCUCUCGCAGUGCACGGUGCUGGAGCACCUGACCAUCAAAUUCACCGGUAGGUUGGACAGCCUCCGUCUCCGGUCUCGGAGCCUCAAGGUCCUGAACAGCACCGGCGACUUCGAGAAGCUCGUCAUCGAUGACGCUCCCAACCUGGAGCGGGUGGUCGACAAGCUCAUGAACCAAAGAAAGGUGCAUAUCGAGGUCGUGUACGCGCCAAAGCUGGAGUUCUUAGGCUACGUCGGCAUGUCCAACGAGAUUGGCAUCGGAGACACCAUCUCCAAGGGGGAAAUAAUGCGUGUUGAGACUCUUAUGCCAAGGAUAAAGACACUUGCCGUCGAGAUGAGCUACAUGAAGGAGGGGUACACCACCUGGUUUAUGCAGCUGCUCAGGCUGUUUCCUCACAUGGAGACGCUCUACAUCACGCAGAGAGACAGUUCGUACAUGGUCGAAUUCACUGCGCCUGGAUCGUGGGAGAUGCGUCGACCCAUCCCUUGCAUCAUGAACCACCUAGAGAAGGUGGUGUUCGAAGUUUUCCGGGGGCAUAAGUGGGAGAUGGAGAUGGCCAAGUUCUUUCACCGGAGGAGCGAUUUCCUCAAGACCAUGGAGUUCCACUGCAUGGAUGAUAAGAGCAAAGAAGAUUACGGUGGGCCUCCGAGUGAACAAUGGGUCAGGAAGCAGAAGAAGCUCCUGUGCCUCGACGGCCGGGCCGCGGGAGACGCUCUUUUCCAGUUCUUCAAGAGACCGCUGGCGGAAGACCAUCAUGAACAUUGCGACGAUGAACGGUACCAAAGGUACUACUAUCGUGACAUGUAUGAUGUUUAAUGGGAUAUGGUGUUUUUCUCCUGGGUGCAUAUGCUUCUUAUAUUUAAAAUGUAUUUUAAACAUAUUAAAUAAUGUUAAAAUAUUUUAAAGAAAAUAUUGAGCAUACAUCUAUACAUCUUACAUGUUCACAAAGUCGUUUUAUGGAAAACCGAAUUAUUAUGUGUCUUGUGCAAAAAAGACAAAAUUUAGUGCUAAAAUAAGGCAUUUUGAUAGGCAUUUGUUUGUCUUUUUUACACAGGCCAUGAAAAAAUAUCA